GAGAGAGAGAGAGAGCACCAUCGUCUCCGUGGCCGAGAGGUUCAUCGAAAUGGUGGACCCGUACGUGCCUGGAUGGAUCAUAUGCACUGCGCUGAGCCUCGUUGCGCUAUACAAGUUAGUUUUCGCACCGAAGAACCGUUGCGCUUCAUCGGAGGCCGCGGCUCAGUGCUCGGAGAAUAUAACCACCGCCACCGGAGAAUGCAGAUCCUUGAACCGCAACGGCGACGUUGACAUCAUCAUUGUCGGAGCUGGUGUCGCCGGCUCCGCUCUCGCUCACACGCUCGGCAAGGAUGGACGUCGUGUACUUGUCAUUGAAAGAGAUCUGAAUGAACCUGACCGAAUUGUGGGAGAGUUGCUACAACCUGGGGGUUAUCUCAAAUUAAUUGAGCUGGGACUUGAAGAUUGUGUGCAGAAAAUUGAUGCUCAGCAAGUGUUUGGUUAUGCUCUUUUCAAGGAUGGGAAACACACACGACUUUCUUAUCCCUUGGAUAAGUUUCACUCAGAUAUUGCUGGCAGAAGCUUUCACAAUGGGCGUUUUAUUCAGAGGAUGAGAGAGAAGGCUGCCUCCCUUCCUGAUGUACGAUUGGAGCAAGGAACAGUUACUUCCCUGCUUGAAGAGAAGGGGACAAUUAAAGGCGUGCAGUACAAAACUAAAGAUGGUCAGGAAUUAUCAGCAUGUGCACCUCUUACCAUUGUUUGUGACGGCUGUUUCUCAAACUUGCGCCGUUCUCUUUGUAAUCCUCAGGUAGAUGUUCCAUCUUGUUUUGUUGGCUUAGUUUUGGAGAAUUGUGAACUUCCAUGUGCAAAUCAUGGCCACGUUAUACUGGGAGAUCCUUCGCCAGUUCUAUUCUAUCCUAUAAGUAGUACAGAAGUUCGCUGUCUGGUUGAUGUUCCUGGUCAGAAGGUUCCAUCUAUUUCCAAUGGUGAAAUGGAAAAGUAUUUGAAGACAGUGAUAGCUCCACAGAUUCCACCCGAGCUUUAUGAUGCUUUCAUAGCUGCAGUGGACAAAGGCAACAUAAGGACAAUGCCAAACAGAAGCAUGCCAGCAGCUCCUUAUCCUACUCCUGGAGCCCUUCUGAUGGGCGAUGCAUUUAACAUGCGUCAUCCUCUAACAGGGGGCGGGAUGACUGUGGCAUUAUCUGAUAUAGUAGUGCUGCGAAAUCUUCUCAGGCCUUUGUGCGACCUUAAUGAUGCACCCAAACUUUGCAAAUACCUUGAAUCCUUUUAUACGUUGCGUAAGCCUGUAGCAUCCACCAUAAAUACGUUGGCAGGAGCCCUUCACAAGGUUUUUUGCGCAUCACCCGAUCCGGCAAGGAAGGAAAUGCGCCAAGCUUGCUUCGAUUAUCUGAGUCUCGGAGGUCUAUUCUCCGAAGGGCCAGUCUCUUUGCUUUCAGGAUUAAACCCUCGGCCCUUGAGCUUGGUUCUCCAUUUCUUUGCUGUUGCAAUAUAUGGCGUUGGCCGUUUACUGCUACCAUUUCCUUCCCCCAAACGGAUAUGGACUGGAGUCCGAUUAAUCUCUAGUGCAUCAGGAAUCAUCUUGCCCAUAAUUAAGGCAGAAGGAAUCCGUCAAAUGUUCUUCCCUGCAACUGUUCCUGCUUAUUACAGAACUCCCCCGGCUGCGUAGAAGUCUAUCUGUUAGUACC